UGGUUCUCAUUGUUGAUUCAUCAUAAAUGUAUGUUCUUGGAACCUGUUCUAUAUUAUUUUAGCCAUCUUUACAGAUAUGUAUACAAUGUGUUUGAUGAUUUGUUUGUGUGUGGACAAUGAAUAUGCUUACUUUGGAUCUGUUUUAACCACUUUUGUUCCGGUGUAUGUUUCAAUCUGGUUCUUUUUUGUAUAUUUUUUUCAAUAUUUUCAAGAAGAUGGACCUUUUUUGGAAUAUACACUGACCAGAUGUGGUGGUAAAAACUAGAAAUCAAACACUAAUGAUUUUCCAAUAUCUUUUUAAAUUCAGUGAAUUCAUCAUACUUUCAGUAAAGAAAUUGCUUUAUCUUUAUAAAGUACUAAAGAGAAUCAAACUUUAUCUUUUUCUUUUGUUAUUGGAUUCUUUAGUUAUCAACUAUUCAACUUAUCACCAUGCCUUCUUUGUCUUUUCUCUGAACCAUAUGAACCAAUCUAAUGUGGGAAUUUUCUUUCUUUAUUCUCAGUAAAACUAGGAAAAGUGCACUUUAGUUUUAGUCCCCCAUUAACUAAAGUUCAAAGGCAAACAUUUGCUUUUUUCAAUUUUUAAUCUUAAAAAUAGGAAUAAAAGCCCAUCUAGUUUUGAAAAGAAUGAACUUGUCUCAGUUGAUGCAUCUAAACGCAGGGGGUGCCUCGCGGUGCCUUUCCCAACUUCAAUACUAAUGCCCAGGAAAGGAUGAACAACAUUUGAGGUCAGAACUUGGAGCUACCACCAUAUAGGCUUCAUUCACCAAACUAGUAUCAAUGAAGUUCUUCCAAUUUCCCAUUUUUCCAUUUAUUAUUCUGCUAAGUUUCAUAUUGGUUGUAGCAGCUGACUUGAACUCUGACAAACAAGCACUCCUUGAUUUUUCUUCUAAUGUUCCCCACCCUCCAAGGCUAAACUGGAGUGCAACUACUCCAAUUUGCACAUCAUGGACUGGAGUGAUGUGCAAUGCGAAUCAAACUCGUGUCAUCGGCGUCCACCUUCCGGGGAUUGGACUCAAAGGGUUGAUUCCAUCGAAAACCAUAGGAAAACUAGAUGCUCUUAUAACCCUGAGCCUUCAUUCCAAUGGUCUUAGAGGAAAUCUUCCUUCUGACAUUUUCUCCAUUCCUUCACUCCAAUAUGUGCAUCUUCAGCACAAUAACUUCUCAGGUCUAAUCCCUUCUUUCGUGUCUCCGAAACUCGUUGUUUUUGAUGUUUCCUUUAACAACUUCUCAGGCAACAUUCCACCAACAUUUCAGAAUCUUAGACGUCUCACAUGGUUGUAUCUCCAAAAGAACUCCCUCUCUGGAGUUAUCCCUGAGUUCAACCUUCCAAUGCUCAAAUUCUUGAAUCUGAGCUAUAACAACUUGAAUGGUUCAGUUCCAGAUUCCAUCAAACAAUUUCCUUAUACUUCUUUUGUUGGAAAUUCUCUCUUAUGUGGUCCACCUCUCAAUCAUUGUUCUGCAAUCUCUCCUUCUCUGUCUCCAUCCUCUUCUCCCGUUUACCAACCACUUUCUCCAGAAACUAACCAAAAUCAAAAGGCUACAGCAUCUAAGAAACGCUUCGGCAUAGCUACUGUUCUUGCUCUUGUAAUUGGUGGCUGUGCCUUCCUCUCUCUUUUAGUUCUAUUUAUCUCUGUAUGCUGUUUGAAGAGGAAAAACAGUGAAACGAGUGGAAUACUUAAAGGGAAAACAUCUUGUGCCGGAAAGACCGAGGUUUCAAAGAGUUUUGGCAGCGGGGUGCAAGCAGCUGAAAAGAACAAGUUGUUCUUCUUUGAAGGCUUUACUAACAGCUUUGACCUCGAAGAUUUGUUGAAAGCCUCAGCUGAAGUUCUUGGAAAGGGAAGCUAUGGAACAACAUACAAGGCCACUCUGGAGGAUGGAACAGCAGUAGUGGUCAAGCGGUUGAGGGAAGUUGUGGCCGGAAAGAAGGAGUUUGAGCAGCAGAUGGAAAUUGUUGGGAGGAUUGGACGCCACCCGAAUGUCAUGCCGCUUCGCGCUUAUUACUAUUCCAAAGAUGAGAAACUUGUAGUUUAUAACUACAUGCCUGGAGGCAGCUUGUUUAGCCUUUUGCAUGGAAACAGAGGUAUAGGAAGAACUCCAUUGGAUUGGGAUUCAAGAAUGAAGAUUGCACUUGGACUUGCAAAAGGAAUUGCAUUCAUUCACUCUCAAGGAGGUCCAAAGUUCACUCAUGGCAACAUCAAGUCAACCAAUCUUCUCAUAACCCAAGAACUCGAUGGCUGCAUCACGGACGUAGGACUAACUCCUCUAAUGAACACCCCUCCAACAAUGUCGAGGGCUAACAACUACCUUGCACCAGAAGUUAUUGAGUCAAGGAAAAUCACCCCAAAGUCUGAUGUCUACAGCUUCGGAGUGAUCCUCCUUGAAUUGCUCACAGGCAAGACUCCGCUUGGAUACGCUGGAUAUGAAGACAUGGUCGAUCUUCCAAGGUGGGUGAGGUCCGUGGUGCGUGAGGAAUGGACGGCUGAAGUUUUUGAUGUGGAGCUGCUAAGAGGGAAUUAUGUUGAAGAGGAGAUGGUGCAGAUGCUUCAGAUUGCAUUGGCAUGUGUGGCGAAGGUUGCAGAUAAUAGGCCAAGAAUUGAUGAAGCUGUUAGAACUAUAGAGGAAAUUAGGCAGCCUGAGUUGAGGAACCGUACUUCAUCGGACUCCGAAUCUAAUCUGCAAACACCAUAAUUGUAUUUCGAGUAAUACCCCAAAGCAGUACUAAAGAAAUUUUUAGUCGGACAUUUUAAUCUUUAAUAAGUUUUAAUUACCAAAUCAGUCCGUAAACUUUUAUUUCGUUAGAAAAAUCAGUCUCUACAUCAUAUUGUUUGUCUUUAUAAAAAGACUUAAAUGAGAAUUUUAAAAGUUUUUGGAACUA